GGGAUAUACAUUUUGACAAACCUAAACACGUGCAUUACAGUCCAGGAGGGCGCUCUUACGCUGCACUCCGAACAGCGCGACUUGGCGCGGAAGGAACUACAUUGCUACAAGCAAGACUGGCAAAAUGCUUUAUUGGCCCAAGCCUAAAGCAGCCAUCAGCGCAAGCGAUCCACCAUUACACAGCCAACGAUUACCGCCAGGCCCAAGGAGCCGAAGCACAAAUCGCCGUAUCGCAACACCUCCUGCUGCCAUCAGCAGCAGCAGCAGUAAGGGCACCGGUACAGGAACCAGCAUCAAGAUCGACACAGGCAGUGGUGCGGCGCCGCAAGAGCCCGUUCGGCGCCCGCAUGCUCCACUUGCCGCUCCUGCUUCUCCGGGUGUCCUAAGAACUAGCGCGCCUCGGACUUCGCAGCAGCCACCCGCCAAGGAUCUCGGAGCUACUGCGCACCCCAGCAAGCAGGCGGCACGUUCCGGGAAGGACAGCAAGGAUGAGUCGAAUGCCGCAGCCGAACAGCAGCACCGGGCGUUCAUGGACCUGUUGUCAGCGGGCUUUGGCUGUGAGGCGCGGGAGGAGUGGCGGGGCGUGUGGCUGCAGGUGACCGAGGGCGCCCUGCCGCCUGAGCUGGUGGGCAGCUUCUUCCGCAAUGGCCCCGCCUGCUUCCCGACCCCACAACCAGACAGCAGCGGCAGGGGCGGCAACCCCCGUGAAGGCAGCAGCAGCGCCGCGGCCCCCGGUGCCAGCUGCCACCCGCUGGACUGCGGUGGGCUGGUAGCGGUGGUGCACCUGAGGGGGGACGGCAGCGCGCUGUACCGGGCGGCACGCGUGCGCACCUGCGAGCAAGACGCCG